CCACCAGCCUAUUACCUGCCAGCCUGUCUGUUUCUUUCCAGCUAGAAGAGGUGUUCAGUUUCCAGAAGAGCCAAAGCAUCUUUGGACCUAGGUGGGGAAAGACCUGCCUGUGACCUCUGCCCUGUCCUGGAGGGUCCAGCUUUGGGCUGAAUGGCAGCAUCCAUGCUGGGCUGUCUGGUGCUGACCCACCUGCUGGUGGCCCUUUUUGGCAUGGGCUCCUGGGCUGCUGUCAAUGGGAUCUGGGUGGAGCUGCCCGUGGUGGUAAAAGACCUUCCGGAGGGUUGGAGCCUUCCCUCAUACCUCUGUGUGUGUGUGGCGCUGGGGAACCUGGGUCUGCUGGUGGUGACCCUAUGGAGGCGGCUGGCCCCGGGCAAGGGUGAACGGGUCCCCAUCCAGGUGGUACAGGCACUGAGUGUAGUGGGCACAGCCCUGCUGGCCCUUCUGUGGCACCACGUGGUCCCAGUGGCAGGGCAGCUCCACUCUGUGGCCUUCCUGACACUGGCCUUGGUGUUGGCACUAGCCUGCUGUACCUCUAAUGUCACUUUCCUGCCCUUCCUGAACCACCUGCCACCUCCUUUCUUAAGGUCUUUCUUCCUGGGUCAGGGUCUCAGUGCCCUGCUCCUCUGUGUGCUGGCCCUUGUGCAGGGUGUGGGCCACCUUGAGUGCCCGACAGCCCCCACCAACAGCACCUCUGGGCCUCCCCUCAACUUCCCUGAGCGUUUUCCUGCCAGCACCUUCUUCUGGGCACUGACUACCCUUCUGGUCACUUCUGCUGCUGCCUUCCAGGGUCUCCUGUUGCUUUUGCCAUCACUACCAUCUGUAGCCACAGGGGGCUCAGGGCCUGGACGUCAACUGGGAUCCCUAGGAGCAGAGGAGAAAGAGAAGGAGGAAGAAGAUGAUUUGCCAUUGCAGGAGCCACCAAGCCAGGCAGCAGGCACCAUCCCUGACCCAGACCCUGAAGCCCAUCAGUUGCUCUCAGCCCAUGGUGCCUUCCUGCUGGGCCUGCUGGCCAUCACGAGUGCCCUGACCAAUGGUGUGCUGCCUGCUGUGCAGAGCUUUUCCUGCUUGCCCUAUGGGCGCCUGGCCUACCACCUGGCUGUGGUGCUGGGCAGUGCUGCCAACCCCCUUGCCUGCUUCCUGGCCAUGGGCCUGCUGUGCAGGUCCCUGGCAGGACUGGGUGGUCUUUCUCUGCUGGGCAUGCUCUUUGGGGCCUACCUGAUGGCACUGGCGAUCCUGAGCCCCUGCCCACCCCUGGUGGGCACCACUGCAGGGGUGAUCCUUGUGGUGAGCAAGUGGGGACAUGAAGGGGGAGGAGGGUGUUCCCUGGAACAAGUGCAUCUCAUGCUUAGCCUGCUGCCGUGUCCCCCCUUGCAGGUACUGUCGUGGAUGCUGUGUCUGUGUGUGUUCUCAUAUGUGAAGGUAGCUGCAAGCUCCCUGCUGCAUGGUGGGGGCCGGCCAGCAUUGCUGGCAGCUGGUGUGGCCAUCCAGAUGGGCUCCCUGCUUGGUGCCGGCGCCAUGUUCCCUCCCACCAGCAUCUACCAUGUGUUUCAAAGCAGAAAGGACUGUGUAGACCCCUGUGGCCCCUGAGCCUGGGCAGGUGGGGACCCCAUUCCACCCAACCUGUCUGCAUCUUGAGGCUGCUACAGUUCCCGAUUACCUGUGGCCCAGGCAGGCUUCCCCCAACACAGGAAUGCUCAUGGACACCUGCACACUCUGCAGAAGACCUUGGCACUUCAGGCCAGAGUGGGGACCAAAGAGCAGGCCCGGAGCCAGGUUGGGGCUGUGGGCUUGGCCCCAGGGCCAGAGACCUUUGUGGAAUUUGUGCAAUAAAGUGUUUUUAUUUAAAAAAAAAAAAAAACAAAAAAAAAAACUAAUGAAAACCUUAUAAAAAUGUAUUAAUGAAAUCAGGGACUAGGUUAAAUAAUUUUUCAUAUAUA